AUCUGAGGAGCGGUUGGGGCGGCGGUUCGGCCGUUCUGUCUGAGGGAGCGGGCGCAGCGCGGGCAGCGGCAGCAGUAGCGAUGGACCCGUUCACUGAGAAACUCCUUGAAAGAACCCGUGCCAGGCGAGAGAACCUGCAAAAGAAAAUGGCUGAGCGGCCCAAGAUGGGAGCGAGACCCACAAUGCAGACCAAGAGGGUCAGAGAGCCUUUGUUAGAAACUGGUAACUGUAACCAGGCACCUAUUCCUGGCGAAGAAGUGAAACCUGGUACAAAGCCAUCACCAUCAAAGAGGCUCUGCCCUGACAAUAUGGAGGUUCAAGCUUCCAGUUCGGAGAACGUACAGCCAGUUCCGUCAAGUUCCACAAACCAUCAUUAUCCUAAGAUGACUUCAGAGUUGCACGUAACUGCUUCUAACAGGGCUUCACUGGUUCAGCCUCUUGAGAAAGGAAAAACAAACACAGAGUCAGAAACUCCUGCAGCCUGUUCAGUCAAAACACGUAUGCAGAAAUUGGCAGAGCAGCGACGCUGCUGGGAUAGUGAGGAUCCCUCUGAAUGUGUUCCUCUGUCUCCCCUCCAGUCAAAAGACUUGCCUGUUUCUCCACCUAAGCAGACAUCUAAUGCCCUGACAAGUGACACCCCUAUUGGGAGAAGAGGCCGUUUAGCUAACCUUGCUGCUACAAUUGGUUCCUGGGAAGAUGACCUAAGUCAUCCAUCUGCAAAGCAAAACAAUGCACAAGAACAGCCUGGCACUACUUGUUUAUCCAAAUUGUCCACUACAAGUGGAGCAUCUGCUAGAAUCAAUAGUAGCAGUGUAAAGCAGGAAGCUGCAUCCUGUUCUCAAAGGCUUGUUGAGGCUUCUAUUAAUAAACCAGCAAACUCAAAGAUAGCGGAGCCAAACAAUUUUUUAACGCAGUCCUCAAGAGUCACUGUUCCCUGUUCUAAAGAAUCUGAAGUACGACAACUGCUAACAGAGAAUCCCUGCAGCCCUCCGAAGACCGAAAAGCGUACACAAACAGCAAAAUCAACUUUGCCUCAACCAGUUCAGUCCAAAGAAGAGCCUGUCAAAGGAACACAUGUGCAACUUGAACCUAAGGGUAAACCCACAACACCAGGGGGAUCGGGAAUUAAGCCCUUCCUGGAACGUUUUGGGGAGCGCUGUCAAGAGCGUAGUACACGGAGUCCUGCUACAAAUACUCCAGGGUGCAGAACACCCAUUGUUACCCCAAAUACAAGGACAAUCCAGGAAAGGCUUCUCAAACAGAAUGAAAAUUCCUCUACUGCCAGUUUAGCACUUCAGCUUAAGCAGGAACGUGAACGAGAACUUGCAUGCCUUCGUGGCCGGUUUGAUAGGGGAAAUCUGUGGAGUGCGGAGAAAAGUGAAAGUUCAAAGAGAAAACUUCCAGAAGCUAAAAUGGAAAGACAAUCUCAGGCUAGUCCAAAACAUCUUCCUAGUUCAGAUGCCACUGCUUGUGGGUCAGUAGAAGACACAUCAGCAGGUGACAGGCCGGCAAAGUCUCCCAGUGUGGAGUCUUCGGGUGCUCCUAAAUGUGAAGAGACUGAUAAACCCAGCCCUCUGAAGAUGACUGAGGCAGAGAGCCCUGUAAAAGCAAUGUCUGUUUCAAAACUUGAGCAACUUGCUGAGAAACCAAAAGAUGAAAUAUAUGAAGUCGAAAUGAGUGUGGAUGAUGAGAUGAAUAGCUCAAAAGUGAUAAAUGAAAUUUUUGAAGUUCUUCAAGAGGAUGGUCCAGACAUAGAAAAGCUGAAGAAAGAAAUGAGCAUGAGCCUGGAAGGUGAAAGUGAUGAGGAUGAGCAGGAAGAAUCACUGAAUAUUUCAUCAAUGUCUCUGUUAACCCCUCUAGUGGAAUCUGUUGGUCCAGAGGCCUUUGUUUCUCCUUGUAAGUCAACAGGUGAAGGUAGCAGUAACAGUGAUGUAAGUCUGAAGUCUGAAAAGUUCCAAAGGACUAAAGUCCCCAGGGCAGAAUCUGGUGACAGCAUUGGCUCUAUGUCAGAAGAUCGCAACCUUCUAUAUAGCGUUGAUGCGUAUAGAUCUCAAAGAUUUAAAGAAACCGAUCGUCCUUCAAUAAAGCAAAUCAUUGUUCGCAAAGAAGAUGUUGCUUCCAAACUAGAAAUGAAAAAGAAUGGCCCAUCUGAUCAAGUCAAUAUCAAAAAGAAAAUGCAGGAGCUGAAUAAUGAGAUCAACAUGCAGCAGACAGUGAUUCAUCAAGCCAGUCAAGCUCUGAACUGCUGUUUUGAUGAGGAACACGGAAAAGGGUCACAAGAAGAAGCAGAGGCAGAGAGACUUCUUCUCCUUGCAACUGAGAAAAGAACUGCUUUAUUGGAAGAACUGAAUAAACUGAAGAGUGAGGGACCUCAUAGUAAAAGAAACAAAGCUGCUUCUACGUCCACUGAAUUUGCGCCAUCCAGGGGAUCUGUCUCCAUUUCAGAAAUGCGUCUACCUCUAAAAGCAGACUUUGUAUGUGGUACAGUUCAAAAGCCAGAAGCAGCAAAUUACUACUAUGUAAUAAUAUUGAGAUCUGGAGCAGAAAACAUGGUUGCAACUCCAUUAGCAAGUACUGCAAGCUCCCUGAAUGGAGAUGCUCUUACUUUCAGUACGACAUUUACUAUGCACGAUGUGUCAAAUGACUUUGAAAUAAAUAUAGAAGUUUACAGUUUGGUGCAGAGAAAAGAAGUUACAAGCACUGAUAAAAGGAAAAAGGCAAAUAAAUCCAAGGUUAUUACUCCAAAGAGAUUAUUAACAUCUAUUACCUCUAAAAGCACACUUCUUACUCCAGCCAUGGCCAGUCCAGGUGGCCCCAAUGCUGUACGCACCACUAAUUUUAUCCUUGUUGGAUCCCACAAGCUAUCGCUGUCUUCUGUAGGAAAUGCCAAAUUUGCACUGGACAAGGUUCCCUUUUUGUCUCCUUUGGAAGGUCAUAUAUAUCUAAAGAUAAAAUGCCAAGUGGACUCUUCUGUAGAGGAAAAAGGGUUCUUGACUAUGUUCGAAGAUGUUAGUGGAUUUGGAGCGUGGCAUAGGCGCUGGUGUGUGCUGUCUGGAAAUUGUAUAUCUUACUGGACAUACCCAGAUGAUGAAAAACGAAAGCAUCCUUUGGGCCGAAUAAACUUGGCGAACUGCACUAAUCGUCAGAUUGAACCUGCCAACAGGGAGUUCUGUGCCCGUCCCAACACUUUUGAACUAAUAACUGUCCGUCCUCAGAGGGAAGAUGACAGAGAGACUCUUGUCAGCCAAUGCAGAGACACGCUCUGUGUUACAAAGAACUGGCUGUCCGCUGAUACUAAAGAAGAACGUAACCUUUGGAUGCAAAAGCUCAACCAAGUCCUUGUUGACCUUCGCAUGUGGCAGCCUGAUGCCUGCUACAAACCUAUCGGAAAGCUUUAAACUCUGGAAGGGAAAUACGAAGAAAAUUUGUAUGCAAAAACCCGCACAAAAAAAAGAGCUUAAAUGAAAAUGUAGGAAGUCCUCUGGGUCGCUUAUGCUUUAAAUUUGAGAGUAUUUAACUUUAUGCAGUAUUUUUAUUUCAUUUUAAGAAUUUUAAAACGUUUUUACUUCCUAGCUUUUGAGUAUGGUGUAGGAAGCAAUUUGCUGUUUCUAAAUGUGCUAAAUAUUUAAGUAACUCCUUUUUUGGAAGUCUUUUUUAGAUAAGUCCAUUCUCUUUAAACAACUAAAUUAUUGCAGGAAAUCACACUUCAGGGCAGGAAGGGGGGGGGCAAGCUAGUGAAAAAACAAGCUUACUAGGUAACUCAGCUUCCUGGAAGAAACAAUAGCUCAGACUUCUUUAACAAGGAUGGUGCUGAAACACAAGAUUUAAUAUCGGAGGGUUUGUUGGGUUUUUUGUAAUAAUCAGGCACAGAAGUUACUAGUAAAUCUUAUUCUACAACAUGCAAUAUAAGGAUUUCUUGCUUGCACAGUGUCCUUGUGGUCAGAACAAAAGACAUGCACAAUAUAUGCGUACUGCUUUUGCAAUUUCUCAUACAAACUGGUAUGAAUAAGUGCAUGACAUGUAUCCUAUGUGUUUUACAAGUGUGGAAUUAUGUAUGCAGUAUAUUGCACUUUGAUAGAAAUGGCAGGUCUUGAAUAUUUUUGUUAGGACUGCUAUAUUAGAAACAAAAAGAAAAAAAAUUAGGUUUAGGAUUGUAUAUGUCAGUAUUUUCUGGUACUCAUGGUUUGUACAAGCUAGAAUUCUCCAUUUGAGAACCAGGAAUAGGUUGUUAAAGUGCUUUUUUUGUUUUUAUUUUUUUUAAGGCACUACAAAGCUGCUAUGUACCAGCUAAUACUCCACUGGCCGAAAGUAUGGGUCUUCCCUCCCCCUCAUAGACAUGUCCGUAAAUGCAGAUAGAAACAGUACUUCAGACCCAUCAUUAAAAUCGCAAAACUAUUCAGUUAAAACUUGCAAUUUUCACAGCUUUUCACUGGGCUUAGUGAAAUACUAUCUCAUUACUUCACUACUGCAAAUGCAAUAGUGGAAUAUUAAAAUUGCUAUUGCUGUUAUAUAUUCACACUUGAAACACUAAAUUCUGUUAGCUUGUACUGUUUUCAUCCUGCCACUUUUGUAUUCUUCCUUUUAAAUCUAUUUUUCUUUUUCCGAUGUCUUUAAGUAUUUCCAAACUAUGUAUUGAGAUUUAUUUUAUUCAUUUAAAAUAAAGAAUAAAACAC